CCUCACCACUCGCACAGCAUAUUCGACCAAGUGUUGUCUGAAAGUAAAAAUAACAAUAUUUUAACUUCGUAAUAGAAAAGUUUGGCUAAUUUAACUAUUAGCAGAGCACCAAACGUCUGCCCAAGCAACAUACUUUGUUGUUGAGAGUUUACUAGUAGACGUUUGUAUUGCCUCUUCAAGUUGCGUGAACAGCAGCAGCGCAGCAAAAACAACAACAACAAUAAAGGCCGUAACAAAAGUUGGCAGGAAAAAACGCUAUUAAACAUGUCCAGUCUGCCACGUCGUAUUAUUAAGGAGACGCAGCGUUUGAUGCAGGAGCCAGUGCCCGGCAUUAAUGCUAUACCCGAUGAGAACAACGCACGCUAUUUCCAUGUGGUAGUCGCCGGUCCCAAUGACUCGCCCUUUGAGGGCGGCGUCUUCAAACUGGAGCUAUUUCUGCCAGAGGACUAUCCCAUGUCGGCUCCAAAGGUGCGCUUCAUUACAAAGAUAUAUCAUCCAAAUAUAGAUCGCCUGGGCCGCAUCUGCCUUGACGUGCUGAAGGAUAAAUGGAGCCCGGCUCUGCAAAUCCGCACCAUUCUGCUAUCCAUCCAGGCGCUACUCAGCGCGCCCAAUCCCGACGAUCCACUGGCCAACGAUGUGGCCGAGCUCUGGAAGGUCAAUGAGGCUGAAGCCAUACGCAAUGCACGUGAAUGGACAGCAAAGUACGCGGUCGAGGACUGAAGCAUCAAAACCGGGGGAAACGUAUGGAGUGCGGAUGCAGUUGAACAAGAGAUGUGGAACCGCAACAGAAACGAAGGAUGAAAUCAACAGUUUUUUAGAAUACACAUUUUUUAUAUACGCAAAUAAGUAGAAGACGAUGGAUACGAUGGAUUGAGGAUAAAAUGAUGAUAAUACAUAAUACAAAUAUGAAUGCUAUGCUAUACGUAUAAUACAAAAUUCUAUGUAAAACAUUGCAUUAUAUUUUCAAAUAAACGCGCGAUGGUUGCAUAACUAUUAUAAAACUGUA